AGCACCACCACAAGCAACUUUCACUACCAACGUCAAUGCCAUCCCGACAACAGAGGACAAUAGCUGGAGCUGCACAUCCUCGAUUCCAGACGAUGUCACCGUCUUGAGAGCAAGCUCCAUCAAUGUACGCCUCAGCGUUGCUGCCGCUGUCUAGGCUUCACGCCCACGAGCCCACGAGUACAAUCACAUGAUGAAUCCUCAAGUACCUCCCACAGGUCAAUCGUCCAUCGUUCCCUCCAAAAAUGCCUUGCGAGCUCUGCGUCGCUUGGCCCUAUCGUCUCCGAUCCUUGUGGCUAGCACACUAGGCGGUGUCUGCGGUAUCGCGACCCUCAACUAUGAAGUCAACCGCAGAGUCCGCCUGGCGGAACAGGCUCUGGAGUCCAAGAAAAUUAUACGGGCGUUGUCCCAUGGAAGAGGCGUCAAUCAACUAAGUGCUAUGAUUGGGGCUGCAGAAAGAGGUGAAGAUUUCACACUGAGCACGAGAAGUACCAAGAGGAAGAAGAAGACCUCCACGAGGGAUUUCUCCGCCGUAGCUCUUCAGGAAUACUCGGAACCCACGCACGAGAUAACGCCGGAGCACCUUCACCCAGAGGCCGAACUUCAAUAUGUACCCUUCAAACAAUUCAGUCCUGUUUCAAGAGAAGCAAGUCGACCUACACGUACUGCUGAUACCGUUGAGGCGCAUCCAAAUGGUGUGCACGGAAUGGCCGUUGAGAAGAUCCUGAAGGCGAGCAAGGUUCCACAUAAACUCCCGAAUUAUCGGAUAUCUACGCAGCCAAAACAGCAGCACAAGCUAGAAGCCGACAGAGCCACAGAUCUGCUUCAGAAUUGGUUUAGUCACGUCCCCGAGGAAUCGACAAGGAAAGACUCUGAUUCCAGCACGUCGCAUUGGCUUAAACGCGAUAAUGCGGCCCAGAGAGGGCAAACAAAAGGCCCAGAUUUGUACAUGAGAAGGAUUCCUCUGUCAGAUCUGCUGCCCGUGCAGGAAACGCCAGUCCUAGAUGGACAUGAUCACGUCCACUCUACACCCGAGCUCACAGUACCGCAAAGCCAUCUCCAUCCGGUGGAUCGUCAUGGGCGGUCACCUAUGACCGAAAAAGACAGCAAGGGGAAAUCACCACCCACUGAUCGACUUCUCGAUCAAACCGAUGCCAUCCCCUCAUCUGACCACCAGAAUAAGCCCACCGAGGGUACGGUGCGUGGAGCGUUCCAUGCUCGCGGGGAGCGAGGGGCUUAUCUAAUUGCCUACCUCGAUGACGAGUGCAUCGACCAGGCUCUGAGAGACUUGCUCAAUGACAUUCCGCAGCUCCCCUGGGAUCCCGUUGGGGCCGAAUCCUUGCUCCCAUCGUCUCCGGAAGAUUUCGUCAACCACGCCAGAAACGUCCUGAACCCAAAAACUCUCUUUAGCCUGCAUCGAUUUAUCCGGCCCGAGAAUAGGAAAAUGAGGCGACACUAUCAGUACCGGCGCUGGCUUGCUGUCAUGAGACAUUACACUACCCGCCCCAGUCCUCUGAACUGGACAACCGCCGAAGCGGUGUACUACGAAAAUCGGAGCUUGUUCAGCCCCAAGGACCUCAAUAUCCGACCGGUCUUUGAUCUCUUACAGUAUCUCCUAGUGACAGAUUCGACUUCCAGCAGAGUUCAGACCAUCCUUUUUCCCGACUCGCUGCAGGAUUCGGCGGAUCUAGCCGAAGUUUUUCAGCUAUCGACGAAGUACCUGAACUUUUUUUGCGAAGAUCAGCACACUAUUCCCGAAUGUCUUCAAGAGACGAGAAAAGUCAUCGACAUCGCCAGAAGGCGCGGGCUCUCCCCUUCUCAGGAUCUUAUUGUACCUGUCCUCAAAGCUCUUGUCCGCUCAAGAGACUUGGAGGAUGCGGACAUUGUCCUCAAUCAGCUUGGAUCAAUGUUUGAGAGUGUUGAUUCUCUUGAUAUUUUAAGCGAAUACACCAUUUUGAACGCCUGCGAGGGUAAUUGGGCAGCGGUUGAGUCUAGCUUGGACAAGAUUCACGGCGUCAACAAGUCGAGAAUUCGACCUGUGGAAUUUGCGCGCCUGUUUCAAAAACUGCUCAUACAACACACGGCGCAAAAUCCCGCGCUCCAAUCCUUUGGCUUCAUAGUCCAUGCCAUCAAGUACGCCGGGCUGAUACCUACUGGGCUUAUCUCGAGGACCCUGAUCUGCGCGUGCGUUCGAGAUCGCCGUUACGACUUGAUCGCCGAAUGGGCACGUUUGGUCAAGGAAGCCUUUCCCAGGGUGAGCCUGGGGUUUGAUCUUCUUCAAGGAGGGUGGACACUUGCGGAUACUCUCAUGGAGGUUGGCGCCAGCUGCGAAGAAGUUUCCAAGGUUUGUCUGACAAUCGCUCACGGGUGCCGGAAAAAUCCCUUUGGUCCAACUUUCAGGGAGUUUACUGUCGACAUCGUCAAGUCAGAUAUGGUUCAGAGACUAUGUGCACCGUCUGCUCCAAAUCCGGCGGGAAGUGUAUCAAGGGAUGAAAUUUGCGCGAUGAGCCUGGAACAGUUGCUCACGCUUGCUUUUGAUCUUCGCAACUCGCCAGCGACCCCACGGGCACACGAUGCGCAUAUCGAGGGAUUGAAGAGUGAUAUUGCAACUCAAAUGUCGGCAAUCGUAGAUCUGGCCAAAACCUUUCGAGGCGAUACAAAGCUAUUGUUUCUGGGCAACAAAGGUCAGACCGAGAUUGUUUCCAAACGUCGUGGCGAUGGUGAUUCCAGCCAGAAGUUGCGUGGAAUGGGUGUCUUCAAGCGGGCGUUCCCAGAACUCUUCGACCCAGACCGGUUCAACGGGGCCGGAAGAUUGACAGCGGCUCUGGUAGGACACUAUGAUCGGCGUGAGAAGAAGGGUCUACCGGUUGACCACGCAGUUCUGGGACAUUUCAUUACGAAUGUCGGUCCGCAACACCCAUCAGAAACUCUUGAACUGAUCGAAUCCAUCUACGCGAGCGGUUACGUCCAAGGACAGAACGGAACACCCUUUGAUGCGGAUGUCUUUAAAAAAUGGCUCUAUCUGGUAUCGACGAGCGGAUCCGUCACGUCCGCUGCAGUGGUGCUGAGGGCGGUGAUCGAUUCCAACCGUCAUCUGGACUGGACUACGCAUUUCCGUGUGUUGUGUGAGUUUGUGGCCCAGGUGGAGAGUUACCCGAAUGGCAGCUUCUGGGAUGAGAGGCAAUAUCCCAAGAAACCCGAAGGUGGGGAAUUGAGAUCGUUGUAUGAGGAGAUCAAGAAGAUCUGGGUUGCUGCGUCAAAGCAACGGAAGGAGACGUUCAAGUUUCCCGAGUGGAAGGGGUGGGAGAUGGAAAUCAAGUAGUUGGUGAAAGAAUCAUGCCAUCAGCGAAUGUUGUCCGCACAGUUGUAUACGCCGCUGUGAUGGAUCUUCUAUAUCUCUUCGUAUAGCGGGCACAUGGCGGAGUUUGCGGCCGCAUUUGUCCGACUCUACAAAUGAAUACAUCAUACAGUAAC